CGCCCGCCGGUAGCCAUGGUGCAGCGGGCCGAGAGCUGGGCGCUGCCCAGCCCGCGGGCUGAGGACGCCCCGGGGAGCCCGGCGGAGCGGGGCGACGGGGCCGCCGAGCGCGCCCCGGCCGCGGCCGAGCCGGCCCUGGAGGCCGCCGGGCAGCGGCGGCCCAACCGGCGGCUGGAGCGCACGGUGGCCGCGCUGGUGCAGUUCCUGCUGCUCAAGGGCGGGCGGCAGAGCCCCAUCUCGCGAGCCGAGAUGCUGCGCGUGGUGCGCGGGGACCUGGAGCCCGCGUUCGACGACAUCCUGGCCCGGGCCGCCACCAAGCUGCGCCGCGACUUCGGCUUCGACCUGCAGCUGCUGGACCUCGAGCAGCGCACGUACGCGCUGGUCAACAGCCCCCGGGCCGCGGGGGACCAGGACCAGGACCUGGGCGCCGGCAGCGCCAAGCUGGGGCUGCUCGUGGUCAUCCUCGGCCUCAUCUACAUGAAGGGCAACUGCGUCCGCGAGGCCCAGGUCUGGGAGCUGCUGGGCCGCCUGGGGGUGUGGCCCCUGAAGUACUACCAGCACUUCGGCUACCCCAAGAAGCUGCUCACCGAGGAGUUCGUGGCGCAGCAGUUCCUCAACUACCGGCAGGUGCCCUCCAGCAGCCCCCCGGAGUACGAGUUCACCUGGGGCCUGCGGAGCUGCCAGGACAUCAGCAAGAUGCAGGUCCUGAGCUUCGUGGCCAAGCUGCAGAAGAAGGAGCCGCAACACUGGCCGGCGCAGUACCGGGAGGCCCUGGCGGACGAAGCCUGCAGGGAGCGAGCCAGGGCCAGGGAGGAGGCCUUCUUCACGGCCAGGGCCCGGGCCGCGGCCAGGCACGCCACCCGCUUGUAGCGCGGUGGGCGCUGAAGUCGCCCGCCAGGGUGCCAGGCCACUGCCUCGGACUCGGCCCAGCGGCGGGAGGGGGGGAGGGGGGAGGGGAGAGUGAGGAUUCUGUCGCAGUUGUGACCGUGUCACCAGCGUGCCGCUUUUGUAUCUUGCUGCGUUGUAUUUGAUACAUUGUAAAGUCGUUUAUACGCGAGAUGGGGCUACUUUUGCAGGGGGGGUUUGUUGGCCGUCUUGGGGGCUGUUUUGUAAACCGGGUUGGAAAGCGUGGCCGUUUCUUCUGUAAUCCUGAAGAUGUGUGCUGCGUUGUGAUGCUGUGCUUGGCGGACGCCAGGAGGGGGUGGGGGUGGGGAAUAGUUGAUUGUCUGCCUUUCCAGCACUGUUUUUGGUACCGCAUAAAGAAUAAAAACUGACAUGUAGCUAUAUUUGCUUAGCUAUAGAGUAUAUAAGAGAAAAAAAAACAGUAUACCUUGAUGCACUUAAUAAAUUGUUUGUUGAGCAGCUUUA